AGCAGCAGCCUGAGCAUGGUGCACUGGGGCCAGAGCGAAAGGCAGCCAGGGUUUUCAUCUCGUUGGGUCGCCAGCAUCGACGUGCAGGAGAACGAAGAGGCCAGUGCCAAUGUUGUGGUUAAAAUGACAGACUCGUUCACGGAGCAGGCCGACCAGGUGACGGCUGAGGUGGGAAAGCUCCUGGGUACAGAGAAGGUGGAUGCGAUCCUUUGUGUGGCUGGAGGAUGGGCUGGGGGCAAUGCCAAGUCCAAGUCGCUCUUUAAAAACUGUGACCUGAUGUGGAAGCAGAGCGUGUGGACAUCCAUCAUCUCCAGCCACCUGGCCACCAAGCACCUCAAGGAAGGAGGCCUCCUGACUUUGGCGGGGGCCAGGGCCGCCCUGGACGGGACACCUGGGAUGAUCGGCUACGGCAUGGCCAAGGCUGCGGUGCACCAGCUCUGCCAGAGCCUGGCCGGGAAGAACAGCGGCCUGCCGCCUGGGGCUGCAGCCGUCGCCGUGCUCCCGGUCACCCUGGACACCCCGGUGAACAGGAAGUCGAUGCCCGAGGCCGACUUCAGCUCCUGGACGCCCUUGGAGUUCCUGGUCGAAACCUUCCAUGACUGGAUCACAGAGAAAAGCCGGCCAAGCUCAGGAAGCCUAAUCCAGGUGGUGACCGCGGAGGGGAAGACAGAGCUUACCGCGGCAUCUCUAUAAGCCUCGUUUCACCGUCUGUCAGAAGUCAUCAGUCCAUCCGCGUGGCCCGCUGCAGCCCUCGUUUUCUGUAAUCCUGUUUGUGGGACGUGAUUCUAAGUCCUGUUUUCCUCUUGCCUGAUGUGCAUUUGUUCUCCUAGGACAGUGUCCAAGUUUGUGUGAAAUAAAAGCGUGUGAGGCUUACACAUAGCACUGUGGGUCAGUGUUAACCACGUGAUUUGGGGAGGUCUCGGGACAACCCCCUCUGCAUCGGUGUCGUGCUGAAUUGCUUCUGAGACUCUGUGUCGAGUCCCUGACAGCAGCUGUCGACCGAGUUGUUCAGAGAUGUGUUGGGAACGGGGACGUUUGGAGCCUGAGUCAUUUCUGAAUGUUGUGCCUGUAUCACGGAUGUAGUUUUCGUGGCCUCGAAUUCAUCUGCCUUAAAACUCCUUCUAUGUUAUAAGCAAAAUCCUGUGGACUCUGUCAAGGUGUCUUUUUCCUGUGAAGUUGCCAACUGCCCAAGGGAACUACUUGUAACGGUGUGGCAUUUAUCUUCCUAAUAAAUGCACUUCAUUUAUGGUA